AUGCGCUCGUCCAAAUAUGAUUCCCCUCGACCUGGCCCGAAACCACCUCACCCGACUUCUCCGUUUGCAUUUCCACCUAGAAGACAAGAAGACGUCUUCAAGUCUCGCUCACCGGACCAACGGAGUGAACCAUCCCCCCAUUUUGUGGAAGACCGCAGAGGAGACCGCCAAAAUCUAGCAUACGGAUCUCUAGAUCGACGCUCCAUUCCACGCUAUCAUACUGCGGGUAAUGGUGCAUUGAUCGGCCUGCCUUCAAGGUAUCGCAUCACGUCUCGAUCGGAAACUCGUCGUGAAGUCGAAAAUGUGGACCUUGACUCGGUUCGAAGAUCACGCAAACAAUCUCUACUUUCGAAUGUAUUCAAUGAUGAUAUGAAGUCCAAGAAGCUCCUUUCCCGCGAAGAAGGAGACGAAGAGGACCCGCACAAAGAUUUCCUGAGGUUUGAACACCGCCAUCCAAAUAAGAGGAGACGGAUAGAUGCAGACGCUGAUCGCCACGAUUCCCAAGAAGACGACAGUUAUGGGUCGAGCUCAGGGGCCGAAAAUGAGCGUCUAGCUGAGAAUGCAUUUGAUGCUUUCAAGAAGGAUCCUGUGCAUCAGCACCACCUGAAACUCGCAAAUGCCACUUCGGAACGACCUCAUGACGUACAAAUAUGGCAGGCUCUCAUCGACUACCAACAAACUUCUUUCCACCAUGACUCUCAUGAUUUCCGGCCUUCUUCGGUCCGGAGUCUAGCAGAACUCAAAAUAUCUCUCUACGAGCAGGCACUCUCACACAUAAACGAUCGCGAGGGAAGACAAACCCUGAUCCUGGGAAUGAUGCAAGAAGGUAACAAAAUCUGGAACGCGGAAGAACAGGCUUCACGGUGGCAAUCUUUCCUCGACAAUGACUCUUCCUUUGACCUGUGGAUUCUCUACCUAAACUUCGCGCAAAGUCAUGCUGUCAAGUUUAGCUUUGAAGAAUGUUUGAAUGUCUACAAACGCUGUCUUCGAAUUUUCCGGGAUUCACCUGCUCGUUCUCGUGACGCACAGUGUGUCUAUCUUCUGCUGCGUGCAACAUUGUUUUUGUGGCAGUGUGGAUUCACUGAGCAUUCCAUCGGAAUUUGGCAAGCGCUUCUCGAAUACAACUUUUUUCGGCCGGCCAACUUAACAAGCGAAGAGCUUCUAUCAUCUUUUGGUCAGUUCUGGGGAAGUGAAGUUUCUCGGAUAGGCGAGGAGGGUGCAACCGGGUGGGGUUCUGAAAUGAGUCCCGACCUUGAGCCCAAAGCUGACGAGGUUCGGUCUCCGAUCCACGGUUUGGAUUUUGACACCUGGGCAUCUGCCGAGUCUAAUCUCGAAAAACAUGCAGGGAUGCCGGCAAGAUCUCUGGACGAUGUGAACGAAGACGACCCUUACCGAAUUGUUCUCUUUUCAGACAUCAAAGAUUUUCUCUUCACCCCACUCACAGACCACGGCUUGAGAAUGCUUCAAGACGCCUUCUUACUCUUCUUGGGGCUCCCAAGAGUCUCUCAUCUCCCCGAAACAGAGCAUUGGACGCGCGAUCCCUUUGUUUACAGCCACUCUCCUGCCACAGCAGAACCCGCUCUAUUUCUGGGUACUCCAAAAGACGGCGGUGGUCUAUCAGAGGACUUUCGACAUGACAUUCCUGUUUUCCAGGAAGUGAGGUUUUUGCCGCCUGGUGUUCUGUCUCCCUCGAGAAAGCCUGCAGGGUUCCAUUCCCACUUUGCUCGCCGCGUAUUUUCCCAGUUAGCAGCAAUCAAACUUCAAAAUCAACCCGACGAAUUAAUGAUGGAAUAUGUGGUAGCUUUCGAAGCUGAUAUCGACCCAAAAUCCGCCCGAAAGCUGGCCAAAUCAUUUCUCAAGUGCAAGUCCGAUAGCCUGAGACUCUACAAUGCGUAUGCCAAGCUUGAGUGUCAACUGGGCAAUUUCGAAGCGGCAGAAAGGGUAUGGUCUACAGCACUAUCGAUGCGCAGCUCGCUCAACCAAGAUGCCGAGAGCAGGACCUUUUCACUGUUUCGCGAUUGGGCAUACUCUUACAUGUUCCGGAAGAAAUACCGCCAGGCAAAAGUCUUGUUGACCAUGGUCACGGACACCCAAAUUGAUUUGAAUAAGCUCCAGAAAGAAGACGCAGAGAGCUCAAAGCCGUCGGUUGCCACCCAGAUCAGGGUAGAACAGUACAUCCAAUCCCAAUUUGAUAAUCUUGUGUCCAGAGGUCGAUUUGACGUUUUACCAGAGUUGAUUGACGUUCUCGCCAUCCACAAAUACCUGAAUGAUAACUUACGUCUGGAGAGUACCUUACAGACUUAUGACAAUUUCCUCAAGCUUCUUACCGGUCCGCCAGCGACGGUGUCUCCUGCUGUGGAAAGAGUGCACGUACAACGAGCCAGUCUCCUUCAUGCACAUUCAACCACAUUUGGGAGAGAUUUCAGGCCUAGGGAGAUAUGUGCCAUAUUGAUGGAAUCAGUUGCCAGAUUUCCCGAAAACUUCUAUCUUCAGUUGCUCUGUCAUUACUAUACCCAGAAGUCUGGACUCAUUGACAGAUUGCGCCAAGUUGAAUCCAAAGCACGAGUGCACGAUUGGACUAAGGAUGCAAGAGGCAGUAUCAUUCCAUGCAUACUUGAUCUUCUGGUCGAACUCAAGAGACCUUCCUAUUCUGGAAGCACAAAUCACAGCAUUCGCUCGGCUUUCAAACGCACCACUGAGCAAGGGUCCCCGGGGCAUCACAGUGUUGAGAUUUGGAAGGCGUAUGUCUCGUGGGAAUUAUCCAAUACGGUUGACGACGAUCGAAUAAGACAUAGCACCGAAUCCAAGGAUCAAAAGAGAGAACGCGAGAGGAAAAAAUCGGCUGCUGAAUCUUUCUACGCCUCUCUUCGGGCAUGCCCUUGGGCUAAAGAACUAUAUAUGCUUGCCUUUGGGCAGCGCGUUCUAAGAGACGUGAUUGGAGAUGAUGGUUUAAAGCAAGUGUAUCAAAGCAUGGUGGAAAGGGGUCUGAGACUGCAUAUUGAUAUCUCAGAUAGCCUUCCGGAUUCCAAGUAA